AUGAAGUUCUUGACAACAAAUUUUGUGAGAUGUGCAGUUAAGAGUUGUGACGGUACCGAAGGCUCUUUUCCUCUAAGAUAUAGGGAAUGUCAACUUCAGUUAGAAGAACAAGAUUUUGAUCCAGAAUUCGUAAUAUCGAUGCUUGAAAGAUUGAACUGGUCAGCAUUAGUGAAGGUUGCUAAUGAUUUAGGAAAUACAUCAUUACCUCCACAAAAGCCAGAACACAUUGAAGAAAACGAGAUAUUGUUGAAAGACUUACAUUCUUUACUACUUGAAACGAAUAUUACUGAGGGUCAAAUGGUCUGCAAUAACUGUAAACACAUAUACUACAUUAAGAAUGGCAUCGCAUCUUUUCUACUUCCUCCACAUUUGGCCAAGUAG